AAAUAGAUUUCAUCUUUUAGCCUAAACUUCCCAAAGGCUUCUUAUUAGGGUUUUCUUGAGUUCUUGAAUCUCUUUCUUGAUCAAUUAUAUUCUACUCAAACACAACACAAAUUUUCUCUUAGUAUACAUGAAACCAAUUUUUUUUUGUCCUAGCUAGGUCUUUCAUCCUUCUUUUAAAGUGAAUAACUCAUCAUCAUACAAAAACAUGAGAACAGGAGGUUGCACAAUACAACAAGCUCUAACAACAGAAGCAGCAAAUGUUAUUAAACAAGCUGUUACACUAGCAAAACGUCGCGGCCAUGCACAAGUAACACCUCUUCAUGUAGCAAACACCAUGCUUUCAUCAUCAAAUGGUAUAUUCAAAACAGCUUGUCUUCAAUCUCAUUCUCAUCCUCUCCAAUGUAAAGCCCUAGAGCUUUGCUUCAACGUGGCACUCAAUCGUCUCCCAGCAUCUUCUUCUAGUCCCAUGUUAUUAGGUCAUCAACAUCAACAUCAUCAUCAUCAUUCUCAAUAUCCUUCUAUUUCUAACGCGCUUGUUGCUGCUUUCAAGCGAGCCCAAGCUCAUCAAAGGAGGGGCUCGCUUGAAAAUCAACAACAACCACUUCUAGCUGUGAAGAUAGAGCUUGAACAACUCAUCAUAUCUAUAUUAGAUGAUCCUAGUGUUAGUAGAGUCAUGAGGGAAGCUGGUUUUGAUAGUACUCAAGUUAAAACAAAUGUUGAACAAGUUGUUUCUUUAGAACUUUGUUCUCAAAACCCUAAAGAAAUAACUAACCAUAACAAAAAAGUUAAUCCUAUUUGUGUUAAAGAUGAGGAUGUGAUGAGUGUAGUGAAAAGUUUAAUGAAUAAAAAUAGGAAAAAUAUUGUUUUGGUUAGUGAAAGUAUUGAUAAUUUAGAAGGUGUGAUUAAGGGGGUGAUGAAUAAAGUUGAGAUUAAAGAUGUGCAUGAUGAUUUGAAGGAAAUUAAGUUUAUAAGUUUACAACUUUUGAGUUUUGGUAAUAUUCAAAGAGAAGAAGUUGACCAAAGAUUAGGAGAGUUGACUUGUCUAAUUAAGAGUUUAGUGAAAAAAGGAGUUGUUUUGUACUUAGGUGAUCUUAAAUGGGUGGCUGAUUAUAGAGCUAAUUAUGGGGAAAAAAGAAUUAUUAGCUAUUAUUGUUCAGUGGAACACAUGAUUAUGGAAAUUGGGAGAUUGGUUUAUAGUUUUAGUGAAAAUGAGAAAUUUUGGCUUGUGGGAAUUGCAACAUUUCAAAGUUAUAUGAGAUGCAAAAGUGGUAACAAUUCAUUGGAAUCUAUUUGGGGUUUGCAUCCUGUUACUGUUCCUGGUGGAAGUUUGGGCCUCAGUCUCAAUCCUGACAGUGAUACACAAAUUGAAGUUAGAAGUAAGACAUUUGAAGGUGAAUUCUCAUGUAGAGAGGAGAAGCUGCAAUUGACUAGCUGUUGUAAUAGUGUCUCUACAUUGUCAAAUCUACCUUCAUGGCUUAAAGAUGAGAGGCACAAAAAGUACAAUACUACUUCUAACCAUCAUCAUCAUGAUCAGGACUAUGCAUCAGUCAAAGAUCUACACAAGAAGGGGAGCACAACAUGCAAUUUGCCAUUUUGGGCCAAUAGAAAAACAUGUGAGACAGAUUCUAGUACACCAAAUUCUGCUUCUAAUUCAAGUGAUGUGAUCAUGGAGAUGGACUACAAUGUUCCAAAGUUUAAAGAAUUCAAUUCUGAAAACUUGAACAUUUUAUCCAAUGCAUUAGAAGAAAUUGUCCCAUGGCAAAAAGGAAGUGUUAUACAAGAAAUUGUUGCAACAAUAUUGCAAUGUAGGUCCAAAAUGAUAAGAAGAAAAGAAAAAAAUUUAACCAAUGAAGCAAAACAAGAAACUUGGUUAUUUUUUCAAGGCCCUGAUGUUCAUGCCAAGGAGAAAAUUGCUAGAGAAUUAGCCAAUGUUGUGUUUGGAUCAUACUCGAAUUUCGUAUCAAUUGGACUAAGCAAUUUUUGUUCUAAUUUUAGUAACAAAAGGUCAAGAGAUGAACAAAGUUGGAGUUACAUUGAUAAAUUUGGUCAAGGGGUUGCUUGUAAUUCACAUUGUGUGUUUUACUUGGAUGAUUUGGAGGAAAUUGAUUAUUGUUCACUAAGGGGAAUCAAGAAGGCUAUUGAAAGAGGAACAAUUACUAAUUCUUCAAGUGGUGAAGAAGUUAGUCUUGAUGAUGCUAUUAUUAUUUUGAGUUGUGACAAUUUUGGUUCUAAGUCAUCAAGAGGUUGUUCACCUAAUGUGAAGCAAAAAAUUGAAGAAAAAAUUAGCACAAGUUCUAGUUGUGUUUCUUUGGAUUUGAAUCUCUCUAUUGAUGAUCAAGAUUUAUCAAGUGAUGAUGGUGAUGAUGCUAUUGGACUUCUUCAAAGUGUUGAUAGAUGUAUUUUUUUCCAAAAUUCAAGAACUAUGGUAGUAUAGGAUUUAUUAUUAUGUUGAUGAGGUGAUUUACUUAAUUUCUUUGUUUUUUUGUUUUCUUCUAAUGUUCAAAUAGUAGGUCAAAGAGUUGUGAUAUCUCUCUUUUUUUAUGUACUAAAGUUUUGUAAGUAGAACUUCC